AGGUCGCCCAAUUCGUUUCAAUAUUCCCCUUUUCCGCUUUGAAGCCCUAAGUCGCGCGGACUAGCGAUUAUUUCGUGGCCGCCGUCGGGAUCUCGUGCCGUCGAUAUACCGCCGCCGCACGCCGCCUCCGUCCUUCAGGUUUGAUUGUCAUGGGGCCAUCAUAUAUAGAUUCUGGGUUAUGGAGAAGUGCAUACUGAAAAUCAAGCUUAAAGUUCCGGGAACUGGAAUAUGCACCAAUAAUCCUCCAGACAGAGACAAUGCUGUUCUUCUGUUUGAGGACAAUGCAGCCACUGACAUAACGUCAUCAUCUGAAGAAUAUACUCCUCUAAGUAAUUGGAAAGACAUGAAAAGGAAGCGUGGUCACAAAGCAUACCACAAGAAAGGGAAGAAGGUUAAAUUGGUCAAAGAUCCAUCACCUGACCUUGUUUCUGUAAAUAAAGAAGAUAACUUGGAACAGGUUGAUGAUGAUCAGCUUGGAUCUGAAAUUGAUCCUGAACCACCCAAUGGGUCUAAUACACCUAGUGUAAUGUCAAAUAUUGAUACUGAGAUGCCCAAUGAUAGACCAUCUGAAAAAGCAGGGCACAGUCGUGUUAAAGUGAAACUUAAGUCUUCCAGAAUAUCUGAACCCCACAGAAGUAGUUCGGAUGCACAAACACCAAGUGAAACAGAAAAGAGCAACCCACAAGUUACACUAAAUAUUAUCGAAGCAGCUUCUGGAAAGGAGGAGAGUACUUAUUCAGAUGGACAGACAUCAGAGAUGCACAAUGCUGUUUCGGAGAAAUUGCCAAGAAAAGCAGGGAGCAUUAGGAUUAAAUCUUCAAGAGGUUUAGGUAUUUCAAGUGAAAUCAUGCAAGACAGGAAUCUUGGUAAACUUGUUAUUCCUCCACAGAUGCUGAGCAAGAAGAAUUCAGUUGUUGCAGAUCCUGCAAGAAUGCAGGACUUACCAGUGCCCAGGAACUCAAGACAAAAGGAAAGAACACAGCCCUACAAUGAUGCUCGUCAUAAUGAGAAAGAGUUGAGUGCUGCCCUGGUGGUGAUAAAGAAAGUGAUGAAAAUGGAUGCGGCGGUUCCCUUCAACACCCCAGUUGAUCCUGUAGCUUUGGGAAUACCUGAUUAUUUUGACAUUAUUGACACUCCUAUGGACUUCGGCACUAUAGCUCACAACCUAGAACAUGGUCUUAAAUACAUGAAUUCAGAAGAUGUUUUCAAGGAUGUGCAGUAUAUCUGGGACAAUUGUUUUAAAUACAACAAUAAGGGUGAUUAUGUUGUGGACCUUAUGAAACGGGUGAAAAAGAAUUUCACAAAGUAUUGGCUGGCCGCUGGGUUGUAUUCUGAUACAGCAGGUGUCUCUGAGAGCACUCAAAUUGAGGAUGCUUCACAAUCAGGUCAGGAUAAGCUGUAUCCCAAAAGCAAGUCAAAGCAUAAACGCCGACGUUAUGGAAUCGAUCAGCACAAAAGCGAUUGUCUCUGUGCUGUUUGUGUUGUUAGGCGUCGCAGAAAGGAACGAGAAGCUGUUGAAAGUCAAGCUUAUGCAAGUGAUCCUAAUAUAUCUGGAGAGUUAAAGCUAGAGGAAAGCUCUCCUUUAGAUAACCCUUGCAGUGAGGAUGCUACCUCUAGUUUGGGCCAUUCCCCAGAGACUGAUCCAAAUGCCGAUGCAGAUGAAGCUGAUGAUGAAGAAAAGUUCGAGACUUCUGAGCAACUAGACUCUGUGCAGCUGGAGAAGCAGGAAAUGGACACUGAAAACGAGUUUGACCAUGAUAAAAAUGGUGGGAAUAAUCAAUCUUGCCACCAGUCUCUUGAGAAUGGAACUGAGGACUCUAAAUCACAGUUGAAAGGACGGUACACAGAAGCAACACAACCUGAAGAGCAGAAAGUUAUCCAGAGCAAGGAAACAUCUGCACAUCAUUAUUUGCAGAUGACAGAAAACCAAGAGGAAUCACCUGAACAGGAUCAGCUGAAUAAGAUGCAAGAGAACCAUCUGGUUCUACGGCUAUGCAAUAGCCUCUUCCCAAGCAACCUUAAGUCUGUCUGGAACGGCCCCCAUUCUUUGAGUCGGCGUAAUGUUUCUUUUCGAAACGGCCCCAUUCAUUCUGCCGUUGAAGCAUUCAUGAAACAAUAAUUCGUGUGUUCCUUUCUUUUCCUCUCCAAUUCAAGAGCAUGUCCUGUGAACCGAUAACUGUCCUAGUGUAUGUAUCACAGGUAUGCAUGCUGGGAUAUUAUUAGUAGAUCUAAUAGAAGAGUCCUAAAACUGUAUAUAAUGACUCAGAUUUCCUUGUCAUAACCAUAAAUUUUCAUGACAAAAGGAUCUGUCAAGGAUGUAGUAAAGCUGAGUUUGAUGUG